AUGAAGGAGUUACCUCGUCCGCUGGCGUGGCUAUCCACCUACCCGGGACAGCUGGGUGCCUCGCGCCCGCUGAUUGUUGGCGUUCUGGAUCUCGUCGAGCAGUAUGACGAGACCCACUCGCUGCGUCCGAAGAAGGGCCGUCGGAAAAAGACCUCCUCGAACGCGAGUACUGGGAUUGCAAAGUGUCAGUCCUUUCGGACAUCUCAGAAGAGAUGCGCGCCCUCCAGUAGGGAUCUUUAG